AUGGCCGGUGGUGGCGCGUUAAAUAAGUUGUUUCCCGGCUACAAGGAUAAGAUUUGGAACAGACUUCCAGUACGGGUACGACAUCACCUCAUAAAUUCCUGGAACAGUAAACUGGUAUCGUCAGCCUACUCGGAAAGUGUGUUGACGAACUCGAAGAUCAAGAGCUUCAACAAGUUCGUGCUGGACCCCCUGAAGCCCUCGUACGCCUACAGGUCCCCCGCUAUCGAUUAUAAGAAGCAGCGUGCACGCGGGACGCUCGUCGAGGGAGUGGACUACUACCUGCCCACGCUGAGGGUGCAGCAGAGGCUCGCGAACUUCUUCGAGCCGUACACGGACGAGGAGAACUACCACAGGAGCAAGUACCGAUACCAGAGCCUGAAGGUGUACAUUUUGGCUGCGCUGGGAGUCACUGCGGUGCACGCCUACCUCCAGAGGAGGCCCGUGGCCUGGUGCUCGAACCUGGAGCCGCCAAAGCCGCCAGUCUUCCCCUUCUGGUUCAAAAACGCAUUCCACGCGCACGACGUCGGCAGUCUGAGGAGGGGGUUCGAGGUCUUCAGGCAGGUCUGCGCAACCUGCCACUCGCUCCAGUUCAUUAAGUUCCGCCACCUGGUCGGGGAGAUAUACCCGCUUGAAAAGGUCAAGGAGAUAGCGGCAGAAUACGAGAUAGAGGACGGGCCGAACGACCAGGGCGAGAUGUACACGAGGGAAAGGACGCUGAACGACCCCUUUCCGGCGCCGUACCCGAACAUUCAGGCGGCUAGGUUCGCCAACAACGGGGCAGUGCCGCCGGAUCUCACCCAGAUGGCCAGCGCGCGCAGAGAGGGGCCGGACUACAUUUUUUCGCUGCUCACCGGGUACUCGGAGCCGCCGUACGGCUUCGAGCUCAGGCCCGGCCUGUACUUCAACAAUUACUUCCACGGAGGCUCCAUUUCAAUGGCGCCCCCGCUCGAGGAUGGAAUGCUCGAGUUCGAGGACGGCACGCCAGCCACGGUCUCGCAGAUGGCCAAGGACGUGGCCUCAUUCAUCGUCUGGACCAGCGACCCGCUGCACGACGAAAGGAAGAACGUGUCGCUCAAGAUAGUGGCGGGUUGCGCACUAGGAGCUAUCGCAAUGACACUAUUUCACCGUUUCCUUCACACCCAGAUCAUAACCACCAGAUGGGACUUUAAGUCAAUGAAAAAAUUCAAGUAA